AUGGCCCGCCGUUCCUCCAGUCUGCUGAUCCUCGCCGCCGCACUCUGUGCGCUGCUGGCACUCCAAGCUGCCUUCGUCAGCCCCAGGGGCAGUGAGGUCUCCAAUCAGACCCAGGACAUGGCUAAAGUGGCCGCCGCAGGUGCGGUGCUGACUGCCCCCGAAGCGGCGCACGCCCGGCUUCCGGAGGAGUUCGUGAUCUUCGCGCCCAUCGUGGACGUGCUGCCGAUCCUGCCUGUGUUCUUCUUCCUGCUGGCCUUCCUCUGGCAGGCGGCUGUUGGCUUCCGCUGA